UUCUUCUGAAUUCAAUGUUUGUAAGCCAAGAAAAUGUUGUUUCUCCAAAUGGGUUUCUCAAGUUCGUUCAAGAAUCCUUGCAAGAAACCAGCUCCAGAUCAAAUCCUCAAAUGGGCAUCCACUAAAUGCUGUUUCUAUGCAAGAUGGAGUGGAUGGAAGCCCUUUGGCCAAAGGAAUCAAGCCUGAAGAGGUAGAAGUUUUCUUUGACUUCUCAGACCCAGAGGAAGUACAGUCUACUCUUAGCAUAACUGUUAUUGGGGCUUCAGGGGACCUUGCUAAGAAGAAAAUUUUUCCUGCACUUUUUGCUCUUUACUAUGAAGAUUGUCUUCCUGAGAACUUUGUGGUUUUUGGUUAUGCUCGUACUAAACUGACAGAUGAAGAGCUCAGGAACAUGAUUAAUGGAACUUUAACUUGUAGAAUUGAUAAGAGGGAAAAUUGUGAAGCUAAAACGGAGCAGUUCUUGAACAGAUGCUUUUACCAUUCAGGUCAGUAUAAUUCUGAGGAGCAUUUUGCAGAACUAGACAGCAAGCUGAAAGAGAAAGAGGCUGGAAAACUGUUAAAUAGGUUAUUUUACUUGUCAAUACCUCCAAACAUAUUCGUGGAUGUGGGUAAGAUGUGCCACCUCAAAGCCUCUUCAGCAAAUGGGUGGACAAGGGUCAUUGUUGAAAAGCCAUUUGGCCGUGAUUCAGAGUCCUCUGCUGAGCUAACAAGAUGUCUGAAGCGUUAUUUAACUGAGGAUCAGAUCUUCAGGAUUGACCAUUACUUGGGCAAGGAACUUGUUGAGAAUCUCUCAGUGCUUCGCUCCUCAAAUCUUGUUUUUGAACCUUUGUGGUCAAGGAAUUAUAUCUGCAAUGUGCAAUUGAUAUUUUCUGAAGACUUUGGUACUGAAGGACAAGAGGGUUAUUUUGAUCAUUAUGGAAUCAUUCGAGAUAUAAUGCAAAAUCAUCUCCUGCAAAUUCUGGCACUGUUUGCAAUGGAGACUCCUGUCAGCUUAGAUGCUGAGGACAUUAGGAAUGAAAAGGUAAAGGUUCUGAGAUCAAUGAAACAACUGCAGCUUGAGGAUGUCAUCGUUGGUCAGUAUAAGGGCCACAACAAGGGCGGUAGAAGAUAUCCAGGUUAUAGUGAUGACUCAACUGUACCAAAUAACAGUAUUACACCAACAUUUGCGGCAGCAGCUCUGUCUAUAAAUAAUGCAAGAUGGGAUGGUGUCCCUUUUCUCAUGAAGGCUGGCAAAGCUCUCCAUACUAAGCGGGCGGAGAUCAGAGUUCAGUUUAGACAUGUUCCAGGUAAUUUGUACAAGCGGAAUUUUGGAACUGAUUUGGACAAGGCUACAAUUGAGCUUGUGCUGCGUGUGCAACCUGAUGAAGCCAUUUAUCUGAAGAUCAAUAACAAAGUUCCUGGUCUUGGAAUGAGAUUAGAUCGCAGUGACCUUAAUUUGCUUUAUCAGGCAAGGUAUUCAAAAGAAAUCCCAGAUGCGUACGAGAGAUUGCUCUUAGAUGCUACAGCAGGGGAACGAAGGUUGUUCAUUAGAAGUGAUGAGCUAGAUGCUGCUUGGUCACUGUUUACACCAUUGCUAAAGGAACUCGAAGUAAAAACGAUUGCUCCAGAGCUGUACCCGUACGGGAGUAGAGGACCAGUUGGAGCACAUUAUCUUGCGGCCAAGUACAACGUUCGAUGGGGUGAUCUCAGCGGAGAAGACUUAUAAGUAUAAUGCUCCCAAAAAAUUUGAACAAACUAAUUUUGUUUACUCAUGAACCAUGGCAGGGCUCAUUAUAUCACUCCCAGUUGUUUCAUUUAAGUGCAUCAUGUGUUUUUAGGGUGGGUGAUUUUCUUUGUUUUGUUGAUUUGUGAAAGUACAGAUAAUUGAAUGACAGGAACAAACUUCAUUCGCUACCACCCAUGUUGUAUGCUAAUUCCCCUCAUUUGUCUUCUCUCAGCCUAGCAUAUUGCAACUUGAAUGGGAAUUUUCCGGAUCACAUUUUCCAAUUGCCAAGACUGAAAAGCCAGGACAUUUCAGAAAACCCACUCCUUACAGGCAUGUUUACCGAAUUUCCUCUAACAGUACUUUGAAGUUCUGUGACGAACUUUUAUGGAAGUUUGCCAGCCUCAUUCGGUAAGACGGUAACCUUAGGGGCUUGACGACUGUGUUCUUGCAAAUUUUCUGGUUCAAUCCCAUCAUCUCUUGCAAACCUUACCCUCAGGGGUGCUGAUCUUUCCGAAAAUAAUUUCAGCAGUCCACUCCCUCCAUUUCAUAGAGAAGGAGCUACAAAUCUUAAAACACUUGACUUGUCUUCAAACCAACUCAAUGGAAUCGUAUUUUCCUCUCUGUUUGCACUCCCAUCCCUGCAGUCAUUGGAUCUCUCGAGAAAUCUACUUGUUGGAGAACUCGAAGAGUUUCAUAAUGCAUCUUCUUCGCCAAUAACGUAUUUAAUUAUUGAAGGAAACAAUCUAAAAGGCCCAAUUCGAAGAUCAAUCAUUGAACUUCCAGAGCACAACGUUAUUUCACUGGCUUAUAACAACUUCACUGGUUCGUUGAAACUAGGCAUAUUCUUGAAUCUCAAGAGCUUAAUCUCUCUUGAUCUUUCUGGAAACAACUUAUCUGUUCAAAAUGACGACACAAGCUCUACCCUUCCCCGAUUAGAGGAACUGAGUUUGAGUU